AUGCGCUUCAGCUUAGCCGCCGCCGUUGUCCUCUUGCUGGACUUGAGUGCGUCCGUCCACGGAAUCCCCAAGGUGAAAAGGUCAUCCAAUUCAUUCGCUGGCUCAAACCUGUACUUCCUUCAUGGUCUUUCUUCAUCUGACCAAGCCUCCUACAUCGACAAACUCGCCAGCGACGGGGCCAAAGUGAUCCGCAUCUGGGUGAACGGUCUCUCAAAAGGCUGCGUGAAAGGCAGCAACGUCGUUGACGACAUCUCCGAAUUCGAGACCACGAUCGGUGACUACAACUAUGACACACUGGCGAAGCUUGAUGCCGUCCUCGCGCAGACAUCAGCCAAAGGGAUCAAAGCGAUCAUUUCCCCACAUGAUGGCAAUGAUAUCCACGACAGCAGCACCGCGGGUAACGGGUGCGACAUCUACUGCUCGACGUAUGGGACAAGUUUCUACUCCAACUCCCAAGCCAAGACCCAGUAUGACGCGCGUAUUGCGGCGAUUCUGAACUACCAGUCUCCAAGCAGCGGGCAAAAAUGGGGACAGUGGUCCGAUGCCAUUCUCGCGUUCGAUCUUGAGAACGAGCCGUUCCAGUUCACAGACGAUGGCGCGAAUGAUGAUCCGUCGGAUUGGUUGUGUGGGCGGGCUCAGAACUUCAAGUCUGUUCUUGGGAGCUCUUCGGUCAAGGUUGCCACGGGCGGUAUUGGAGGAGAUCAUAGCCACGGCUAUAAUAUGUUGCCGGCAGCACUGAACUGUAGCUCCAUUGAUCUGAUGAGUAUUCAUAGCUAUGUUGGCGACGCAUCAACUUGGUCUGGCCUUCUUUCCGGUGAUGAAAAGGUUGCAGCUGCUGCGAACAAAUUGAUCUAUGUGGAGGAAUGGGGAGUGGCCACCUCCUACAACAGUGAUUUCGAUGAUCAGGCUGCUGCCAUCAACGGCGCUGGAUAUCCUUGGGUAAGUCUGCGCCCUCAAUUUAUGGAUUUUGACAGCUAA